GCAGGCGUUCUCCAGGCAUACGUAUCCCAAAUCAACUUCCACCAGGUCUAUACAACCGAGAAAACAACAAAAUCUUACCAUUGGAUACCUCACAGCCAUCAAAGGCGGUCUGAAAGAUCGUCAGGGUCUUGCCAUUUCCGGCGCCUUCUCCAUGGCCCUUGACGAGAUCAACAAUGAUCCGAACAUGUUGCCAAACGUAAAGCUGGUGAUGCGAUGGAGCGACACGAGGGGAGAAACCGUGGAAGCCACCAAGGCAAUGAUCGAUAUGAUCUGCGACGGGGUUGCAGCCUUCUUUGGACCAGAAGGCUCGUGCUACGUUGAAGCCAUAGUCGCUCAGUCCCGCAACAUACCCAUGAUUAGUUAUAAAUGCUCGGACUACAAGGCGUCGAAGGUGAACACGUUCGCGAGGACCGAACCACCGGACACGCAGGUGACGAAGUCGGUGAUCGCGUUGUUGCUCCAUUAUGGCUGGAACAAAUUCACUAUCAUCACGGAGAGUGCUUGGUCGACGGUGGCCAAGUCGCUGGAGGAACAGGCCACCAAGAAUAAUCUCACCGUCAAUCAUUACAAGACCGUGGAAGAUCGACACACGUGCUGCGAGGAAAGGCUGCCUUGCUGUCAAGUCAGCGUAUGGUUUCAACUCAUACAGGAGACCAAAAAUAUGACCAGAAUUUACAUAUUCCUGGGAACGGCGAUGUCGCUGAUAGACAUGAUGAACUCGAUGCAGAAUCAACGGCUGCUAGACAACGGGGAAUACAUGGUGAUACACGUGGACAUGAUGACGUACUCACCGCGCGAGGCGCAAAAGUACUUAUGGAAACCGGAACACUUCGACAAUCUGCGGAAUUGCCUGGAGCCGAAGGACUUCCUCAAGAGGGCACGAUCCUUGAUGGUGGUAGUAUCUACGCCACCCACACAGAACUACGAAGAGUUCACCAAAAAGGUCCGGGAGUAUAGCAGCAAGGAACCGUUCAAUUUUGUCAUCCCUGAAUUGCUGAGAAAAUACGAAAAGUAUGUGUCGAUUCACGCCGCGUAUCUUUACGAUUCGGUGAAACUGUACGCGAGAGCCCUGGACCAGCUCCUGAGAGAUCAACCAGAGCACACACUCGAGGAGAUCGCUAGCAAUGGCACUCAGAUCAUCGAGACGAUUAUCAGAAAUCACACGUAUCAAAGUGUCAGCGGCGCGACGAUCAAGUUCGAUAAGUUCGGCGACUCGGAGGGAAACUUCUCGGUACUGGCCCUGAAGAAGGAUCCGUUCCGUUUCAACAACUUCUCCUGCGAUUUCCAAAUGAAGCCUGUAGGCCAAUUUCAACAGGGUGAAACUCUAGUGUACAGGCCAUCGGAGGCGAUGGACUGGCCGGGUAAGAAUAAGCCGGAAGCGGAACCUGGAUGCGGUUUCCUCAACGAACAUUGUCCCAAAGAUGACACGCACCUGCGAAGCAUCGUGGCCGCUGGAGUGCUAGCUGUUUUAUUGUUCUGCGCCGCGGUGAUCACUAUGAGCAUAUAUCGAAGGUGGAAGAUAGAACAGGAAAUCGAGGGGCUGCUGUGGAAGAUCGAUCCGAGCGAGAUACACGGAUACCCUCAUCUUGACAACAUGAUGUCCUCCCCUAGUAAGUUAAGCUUAGUUAGUGCAAUGUCCUACGAGUCAAGAUGCGGGGGCCAGGUGUUUGCGCAAACCGGGCAUUACCACGGGGUAGCAGUAAGGAUAAAGGAGCUGAAGUUCUCAAAGAAGAAGGACAUAUCCAGGGACGUGAUGAAGGAGAUGCGUAUCCUUCGCGAGAUCAGGCACGGUAACCUGAACUCUUUCAUCGGGGCGUGCGUCGAGCCAAUGAGGAUAUUGUUAAUUACGGACUAUUGCGCCAAAGGAAGUCUUUAUGAUAUUAUCGAGAACGAAGAUAUCAAGUUAGACGAUAUGUUCAUCGCAUCAUUAGUUCACGAUCUCAUUAAGGGUAUGCUGUACAUUCAUGAGUCAUCUGUGCUAGUCUGUCAUGGUAAUCUGAAGUCAUCCAAUUGCGUGGUAACCUCGCGAUGGGUACUCCAAGUUUCCGAUUUUGGCCUGCACGAUAUGCGGCAUUGUGCCGAAUCUGACAGCAUUGGUGAACAUCAGUAUUAUCGAAACUUAUUCUGGAAGGCACCUGAACUAUUAAGGAAUCCCAAUGCUCCGAUCAGAGGUACCCAGGAAGGGGAUAUUUACUCGUUCGCGAUUAUAUUAUUCGAGAUGAUCGGACGGAAGGGGCCGUACGGUGGCGUGAAUCUAGAACCCAAAGAAAUCAUAGACCGAGUGAAAAGGUUCCCAGAAGAUGGUGAACCGCCGUUUAGACCUAACAUAGAGAUACUGUCCGAGUCUGAAGCAGACUGUGCUGAGUAUAUAGUUAGUACGAUUACCGACUGUUGGGCGGAAAGUCCAGAACUUAGGCCCGACUUCAAAAUGAUAAGGACACGGUUAAAGAAAAUGAAAGCGGGAAGGCAUCGCAAUAUCAUGGACCAAAUGAUGGACAUGAUGGAGAAGUAUGCAAACAACCUCGAAGAUCUAGUCAGUGAACGUACACGCCUUCUUUUCGAGGAAAAGCAAAAAACAGAGGAUUUACUUCAUCGAAUGUUGCCGGAACCCGUUGCAAAUUGCUUGACAAAUGGAAUCGGUGUGGAACCUGAAGCUUUUGACUUGGUUACUAUAUACUUUAGCGAUAUCGUUGGAUUCACUGCAAUGUCAGCGGAAAGCACGCCUUUCCAGGUCGUAAACUUCUUGAACGACUUGUACACUUUGUUUGACCGCAUAAUCAAAGGAUAUGAUGUAUAUAAGGUGGAAACGAUCGGCGAUGCCUAUAUGGUGGUUUCUGGUUUGCCAAUAAAAAAUGGAAACAGACAUGCCGGAGAAAUUGCAUCGAUGUCCCUAGAACUACUUAACGCUGUGAAACAUCACACCAUAGCUCACAGGCCUCAAGACACUCUUAAAUUGCGCAUUGGAAUUCACACAGGUCCUGUAGUGGCUGGUGUUGUUGGUUUAACGAUGCCUAGAUAUUGCUUAUUCGGGGAUACCGUAAAUACAGCUUCGCGUAUGGAAUCAAACGGCGAACCGUUGCGUAUUCACAUAAGCGAGCAGUGCAAAGAUGCUUUGGAUAAGGUCGGUGGCUACAUAAUCGAAGAACGUGGGUUGGUUUACAUGAAAGGAAAGGGAGAAGUAAAAACUUAUUGGCUCAUCGGAGCCACUGAAAAGGCCAUUCAAAAACGAGAGGUUGACGUCGGUGAUCUUCCACCACUCUUUUGUAGACCAAGAAGAAGUCCGAAAUUAAAUUCAGAUUCUCGACACGCUUCGUUGCUAGGCGGUCUAGGAGCUGGCAGUCGCAGACAGUCGAGCGUUCCAAGACCAACGCCGGAUGACUCCUCGUCUCAGUACGGAGGAUCCAGUCCAGUCCCUAAACCUCUUAACUCUCGGAAAUUAGACCGAUUUCCUCUGUAUUUGACCGAUAACAUAUCGAAGACAACGCUAGAUAACGUUGCGUUGCAAGAAGGAGUUGAAAAUCGGGCGGCUAACAUUAAGAUAGCACUCGAUGAUUUCUUUAUCGACACGAGGCCGAAAUUUAGGAAAAAUGCAAGAGUUCUGUCGACGAUUGCCUCGUCGUCCUCUACGAGCGAUUAUCCGUUCCAAACGAUAAUACGGGAGUCACGUUCGUUAGACCCUUUCCCAUUGGAGCUCUAUAAUAAGAGGUUCGAGUCGCCGAAUUUCUCUUGGAAGGAACCGAAGAAAAGUUUUCGAUCGCUAGAGAAUUGUGAAAAGUGCACACGGACUAACUCGAAGACGAAUAUUUCUGAGAAAGUGUUGAAUAACAACUAUCCGAAUGGUAAUGUAAUAAUAGUGCCCCAUACGGACGAGUCGCCGAACGAAGCAGAGACACCAUUACUAGGAGAUGAGAGUGGUUGUAUGGGAGAAAUUAUGCCUGUUAAACGUUGGCGUUCUCUCGAUCAAGUGGUAUCCGUUCCUAGUACAGACAGUGUGCCUGAUAAAAAAUCUUCCGCAAGAAAUUCGAUCAGAAGUUGGUUGGUAAAUUUAUUCAAUAGCAAUGGAUUACGCAACAGCGAUGUUUCCUUAAGAAGGGGUGUAAUAGCAGGUUACGAUAUACAGUCGGAACGUGAAAGUAUAGUUUGAUAGAAAAUUGAUUUUGUAGUCGAGAGAAAGAAUGAAGGGAAUUCGAACAUGGAAUCUUCUACUAUAAAACGUAUGAGUGCACAAAAACAUUCUUACAUUUAUGAGUCAUAAGCAUGAUGUAUUGUUGCCAUCUUUUUAGCGUAUAGAUAUGUGGAAUGUGUGGGUAUAAAAGUUACCGACCGUGUAUAUUUUUAAUACCUAGAUAUUUUAUGACUUGUAUUAAAGUACGCUUUAUAUUGGCGACAAACACGUUUUUUUUUUACAUAGUACGAGAUUUAUCUGUUAAAAUUUUUAAUCCGAGAAUAUAAUAAAACUAGAAUGACUUAUAAAAAUGAUUCUAACCAAAGUAUACACAAGUACAGAAAUCAUGUAAAAGAGUCUGUCUUGACGUAGCACAAAUGAUUCCCAUUCUAAUACAAACAGAAAGAAGAACGUGCAUAGUUGAAAAUGUACAUUUACGCAAGUUCGAAUACACUCGUUUCAAACAUAUGUAUGUAUGUAUAUAUAUGUAUGUAUGUACAAUUUCGAUACUUGUUCACUGAAGGAAAGCAAAUUAUCCGUAUGGCUGUGAAAAGUGAACUAGAUUGUACCUAAGGUGCUUAGUAAUAUAUCAUCUUGUCAAAUGUAUAUAAGUGAAUAAUAAUAUAUAGAUGUAAAAAUAAAAUGUAAAUUAAAAGAAAUAUUAUCUUCUGUAAGAGCUGAUUAAAGAUUCAUCUUUUGAAA